GGGGGGGCCCUGAAGCGGCGGUACCGGUGCUCGGGGAGGCAGCUGAGGCCUCGGCCGAAGCCGUUCGGGCAAGAUGCUUGGAACCGGACCUGCCGCCGCCACCGCCACCACCACUACAUCUAGCAAUGUGAGCGUUCUGCAGCAGUUUGCCAGUGGCCUGAAGAGCCGUAAUGAGGAGACCAGGGCCAAGGCGGCCAAGGAGCUCCAGCACUACGUCACCAUGGAGCUUCGAGAGAUGAGUCAAGAGGAGUCAACUCGCUUCUAUGACCAGCUGAACCAUCACAUCUUUGAAUUGGUUUCCAGCUCAGAUGCCAACGAGAGGAAAGGUGGCAUUUUAGCUAUCGCCAGCCUCAUAGGGGUAGAAGGCGGGAAUGCUACCCGAAUUGGCCGAUUUGCAAACUAUCUUCGGAACCUCCUCCCCUCCAAUGACCCGGUUGUCAUGGAAAUGGCAUCCAAGGCCAUUGGCCGCCUUGCUAUGGCAGGGGACACUUUCACUGCUGAGUAUGUGGAGUUUGAGGUGAAGCGAGCCCUGGAAUGGCUGGGUGCUGACCGAAAUGAGGGCCGGAGACAUGCAGCUGUCCUGGUUCUCCGUGAGCUGGCGAUCAGCGUCCCCACCUUCUUCUUCCAGCAAGUGCAGCCCUUCUUUGACAACAUUUUUGUGGCUGUAUGGGACCCCAAGCAGGCCAUCCGUGAGGGGGCGGUGGCCGCCCUUCGUGCCUGUCUGAUUCUCACCACCCAGCGGGAGCCGAAGGAGAUGCAGAAACCUCAGUGGUACAGGCACACAUUCGAAGAAGCAGAGAAAGGGUUUGAUGAGACCUUGGCCAAAGAGAAGGGCAUGAAUCGAGAUGAUCGCAUCCAUGGGGCCUUGCUGAUCCUCAACGAGCUGGUCCGAAUCAGCAGCAUGGAAGGAGAGCGUCUAAGAGAAGAAAUGGAAGAAAUCACGCAGCAGCAGCUUGUCCAUGACAAGUACUGCAAGGAUCUCAUGGGCUUUGGGACGAAGCCUCGGCACAUCACCCCCUUCACCAGUUUCCAGGCUGUACAACCCCAGCAGUCCAACGCCUUGGUGGGGCUGUUGGGGUACAGCUCUCACCAAGGCCUCAUGGGAUUUGGGGCUUCCCCCAGCCCUGCUAAGUCCACCCUGGUGGAGAGCCGAUGUUGCAGAGACUUGAUGGAAGAGAAAUUCGAUCAGGUGUGCCAGUGGGUGCUGAAAUGCAGGAAUAGCAAGAACUCGCUGAUCCAAAUGACAAUCCUUAAUUUGUUGCCCCGCUUGGCUGCCUUCCGACCUUCCGCCUUCACAGAUACCCAGUACCUUCAGGAUACCAUGAACCAUGUCUUGAGCUGUGUCAAGAAGGAGAAGGAACGAACAGCCGCCUUCCAGGCCCUGGGGCUGCUUUCUGUGGCUGUGAGGUCCGAGUUUAAGGUCUACUUGCCCCGUGUGCUGGAUAUCAUCCGAGCAGCCCUGCCGCCAAAGGACUUUGCCCACAAGAGGCAGAAGGCCAUGCAGGUGGAUGCCACAGUGUUCACGUGUAUCAGCAUGCUGGCAAGAGCCAUGGGGCCUGGCAUCCAGCAGGACAUCAAGGAGCUCCUGGAGCCCAUGCUGGCGGUGGGGCUGAGCCCUGCCCUCACGGCUGUGCUCUACGACCUGAGCCGCCAGAUUCCACAGCUGAAGAAGGACAUCCAGGAUGGACUCCUGAAGAUGCUCUCGCUGGUCCUCAUGCACAAACCCCUCCGCCACCCAGGCAUGCCCAAGGGCCUGGCCCACCAGCUGGCAUCCCCUGGUCUCACCACCCUCCCCGAGGCCAGUGACGUGGGCAGCAUCACCCUUGCCCUCCGGACCCUUGGGAGCUUUGAGUUUGAAGGUCACUCCCUGACCCAGUUUGUCCGACACUGUGCGGAUCACUUCCUGAACAGUGAGCACAAGGAGAUCCGAAUGGAAGCUGCCCGCACCUGCUCCCGCCUCCUUACACCCUCCAUCCACCUCAUCAGUGGCCACGCCCACGUGGUUAGCCAGACCGCCGUGCAGGUGGUGGCAGAUGUGCUCAGCAAACUGCUCGUGGUUGGGAUAACAGAUCCUGACCCUGACAUCCGCUACUGUGUCUUGGCGUCCCUGGAUGAGCGCUUUGAUGCACACCUGGCCCAGGCAGAGAGUUUGCAGGCCCUGUUUGUGGCCCUGAAUGACCAGGUGUUUGAGAUCCGGGAGCUGGCCAUCUGCACUGUGGGCCGGCUGAGUAGCAUGAACCCUGCCUUUGUCAUGCCUUUCCUGCGCAAGAUGCUUAUCCAGAUUUUGACAGAGCUGGAGCACAGUGGCAUUGGGAGAAUCAAAGAACAGAGUGCUCGAAUGCUGGGACACCUGGUGUCCAACGCCCCCCGACUCAUCCGCCCCUACAUGGAGCCUAUCCUGAAGGCUUUAAUUUUGAAACUCAAAGAUCCAGACCCUGAUCCAAACCCAGGUGUGAUCAAUAAUGUCUUGGCCACAAUUGGAGAACUAGCUCAGGUUAGUGGCUUAGAAAUGAGGAAAUGGGUGGAUGAACUCUUUAUCAUCAUCAUGGACAUGCUCCAGGACUCCUCUCUGUUGGCCAAAAGGCAGGUGGCCCUGUGGACCUUGGGGCAGUUGGUGGCCAGUACUGGCUAUGUGGUGGAACCCUACAGGAAGUACCCUACCUUGCUUGAGGUGCUACUGAAUUUUCUGAAGACAGAGCAGAACCAGGGCACACGGAGAGAGGCUAUCCGGGUGUUAGGACUCUUGGGGGCUUUGGAUCCCUACAAGCACAAAGUGAACAUCGGCAUGAUUGACCAGUCCCGAGAUGCUUCUGCUGUCAGCCUGUCAGAAUCCAAGUCCAGCCAGGAUUCCUCCUUGUUUCUGUUCCAGCAGCUGGGGAUGUUGGUGUCCUUUGUGAAGAGCCACAUCAGACCUUACAUGGACGAAAUAGUCACCCUCAUGAGAGAAUUCUGGGUCAUGAACACCUCAAUCCAGAGCACAAUCAUUCUUCUCAUUGAGCAGAUUGUGGUAGCUCUUGGGGGUGAAUUUAAGCUCUACCUGCCCCAGCUAAUCCCACACAUGUUACGAGUCUUCAUGCAUGACAACAGUCCAGGCCGCAUCGUCUCUAUCAAGUUGCUGGCAGCAAUCCAGUUGUUUGGUGCCAAUCUGGAUGACUACCUGCAUUUGUUGUUGCCUCCAAUCGUGAAGCUGUUUGAUGCCCCUGAAGUGCCACUGCCAUCCCGGAAGGCAGCAUUAGAGACAGUGGACCGCCUGACAGAGUCUUUGGACUUCACUGACUAUGCCUCUCGGAUCAUUCACCCAAUUGUUCGAACACUGGACCAGAGCCCGGAGCUGCGUUCCACGGCCAUGGACACACUGUCUUCCCUGGUCUUUCAGCUGGGGAAGAAGUACCAAAUUUUCAUCCCGAUGGUGAAUAAAGUCCUGGUGCGGCACCGAAUCAACCAUCAGCGCUAUGAUGUGCUCAUCUGCAGAAUUGUCAAGGGAUAUACCCUUGCUGAUGAAGAAGAGGACCCCUUGAUUUACCAACAUCGAAUGCUGCGGAGCGGCCAGGGGGACGCGCUGGCCAGUGGACCGGUAGAAACAGGACCCAUGAAGAAACUGCACGUUAGCACCAUCAACCUCCAAAAGGCCUGGGGAGCAGCCAGGAGGGUCUCCAAAGAUGACUGGCUGGAAUGGCUGAGACGGCUGAGCCUAGAGCUGCUGAAGGAUUCCUCAUCGCCCUCCCUGCGCUCAUGCUGGGCUCUGGCACAAGCCUACAACCCAAUGGCCAGAGAUCUCUUCAAUGCUGCGUUUGUGUCCUGCUGGUCUGAACUGAAUGAAGACCAGCAGGAUGAGCUCAUCAGAAGUAUUGAGCUGGCCCUUACCUCUCAAGACAUUGCUGAAGUCACACAAACUCUCCUAAAUUUGGCUGAAUUCAUGGAACACAGCGACAAGGGCCCCCUGCCACUGAGAGACGACAAUGGCAUUGUUCUGCUGGGCGAGAGAGCUGCCAAGUGCCGCGCAUAUGCCAAAGCCCUGCACUACAAAGAACUGGAGUUCCAGAAAGGUCCCACGCCUGCCAUCCUUGAGUCCCUCAUCAGCAUUAAUAAUAAGCUGCAGCAGCCCGAGGCAGCAGCCGGGGUGUUAGACUAUGCCAUGAAACACUUUGGAGAGCUGGAGAUCCAGGCUACCUGGUAUGAGAAACUGCAUGAGUGGGAGGACGCACUCGUGGCCUAUGAUAAGAAGAUGGACACCAACAAGGAUGACCCGGAGCUGAUGCUGGGCCGUAUGCGCUGCCUUGAGGCCUUGGGGGAAUGGGGGCAGCUCCACCAGCAGUGCUGUGAAAAGUGGACGCUGGUAAAUGAUGAGACUCAAGCCAAGAUGGCCCGGAUGGCUGCUGCGGCCGCGUGGGGCUUAGGUCAGUGGGACAGCAUGGAAGAGUACACCUGCAUGAUCCCUCGGGACACCCAUGACGGGGCGUUUUAUCGAGCUGUGCUGGCGUUACAUCAGGACCUCUUCUCCUUGGCACAACAGUGCAUUGACAAGGCCAGGGACCUUCUGGAUGCUGAAUUAACAGCAAUGGCAGGAGAGAGCUACAGCCGGGCAUAUGGGGCCAUGGUUUCUUGCCACAUGCUGUCCGAACUGGAGGAGGUGAUCCAGUACAAACUUGUCCCCGAGCGGCGAGAGAUCAUCCGCCAGAUUUGGUGGGAGAGACUUCAGGGCUGCCAACGUAUUGUGGAGGACUGGCAGAAAAUCCUCAUGGUUCGGUCCCUUGUGGUCAACCCUCAUGAGGACAUGAGAACCUGGCUCAAAUAUGCAAGCCUGUGUGGCAAAAGUGGCAGGCUGGCUCUUGCUCAUAAAACUUUAGUAUUACUUCUGGGAGUCGAUCCAUCUCGGCAGCUUGACCAUCCUCUGCCCACAGUUCACCCCCAGGUGACCUAUGCCUACAUGAAAAAUAUGUGGAAGAGUGCUCGGAAGAUCGAUGCCUUCCAGCACAUGCAGCACUUUGUGCAGACCAUGCAGCAGCAGGCCCAGCACGCCAUCGCCACCGAGGACCAGCAGCACAAGCAGGAGCUGCACAAGCUCAUGGCCCGGUGUUUCCUGAAACUUGGGGAGUGGCAGCUGAACCUCCAGGGCAUCAAUGAGAGCACCAUCCCCAAAGUGCUGCAGUACUACAGCGCUGCCACCGAGCACGACCGCAGCUGGUACAAGGCCUGGCAUGCGUGGGCAGUGAUGAACUUCGAGGCUGUGCUACACUACAAGCAUCAGAACCAAGCCCGCGAUGAGAAGAAGAAGCUGCGUCAUGCCAGUGGGGCGAACAUCACCAAUGCCACCACUGCCGCCACCACCGCUGCCACCGCCGCUGCCGCCGCCAGCACAGAGGGCAGCAACAGUGAGAGCGAGGCGGAAAGCGCAGAGAACAGCCCCACACCCUCCCCGCUGCAGAAGAAGGUCACAGAGGACCUGUCCAAAACCUUGUUGAUGUACACCGUUCCUGCCGUCCAGGGCUUCUUCCGCUCUAUCUCCUUGUCCCGAGGCAACAACCUCCAGGAUACGCUCAGAGUCCUCACCUUGUGGUUUGAUUAUGGUCACUGGCCAGAUGUCAAUGAAGCUCUAGUGGAAGGGGUGAAAGCCAUCCAGAUUGAUACUUGGUUGCAGGUUAUACCUCAGCUCAUUGCAAGAAUCGAUACUCCCAGACCCCUGGUGGGGCGGCUCAUCCACCAGCUUCUCACCGACAUCGGUCGCUACCACCCCCAGGCCCUCAUCUACCCCCUGACAGUGGCUUCCAAGUCCACCACGACAGCCCGUCACAAUGCAGCCAACAAGAUUCUGAAGAACAUGUGUGAGCACAGCAACACUCUGGUCCAGCAGGCCAUGAUGGUGAGUGAAGAGCUGAUCCGUGUGGCCAUCCUCUGGCAUGAAAUGUGGCACGAAGGUCUGGAAGAGGCCUCUCGUCUCUACUUUGGGGAGAGAAAUGUGAAAGGCAUGUUUGAGGUGCUGGAACCCCUGCAUGCUAUGAUGGAACGGGGCCCCCAGACUCUGAAGGAAACAUCCUUUAAUCAGGCAUAUGGUCGAGAUUUAAUGGAGGCCCAAGAGUGGUGCCGAAAGUACAUGAAGUCAGGGAACGUCAAAGACCUCACGCAAGCCUGGGACCUCUAUUACCAUGUGUUCAGACGGAUCUCCAAGCAGCUGCCCCAGCUCACAUCCCUGGAGCUGCAGUAUGUCUCCCCCAAACUUCUGAUGUGCCGGGACCUUGAAUUGGCUGUGCCAGGAACAUAUGACCCCAACCAGCCGAUUAUCCGUAUCCAGUCUAUAGCCCCGUCUUUACAAGUCAUCACAUCGAAGCAGAGGCCACGCAAGCUGACCCUCAUGGGCAGCAAUGGGCAUGAGUUCGUUUUCCUGCUGAAAGGCCAUGAAGAUCUGCGGCAGGAUGAGCGAGUGAUGCAGCUCUUCGGCCUGGUCAACACCCUGCUGGCCAACGACCCAACAUCUCUGCGGAAAAACCUCAGCAUCCAGAGAUACGCCGUCAUCCCUUUGUCCACCAACUCUGGCCUCAUUGGCUGGGUCCCACAUUGUGACACACUGCACGCCCUCAUCCGGGACUACAGGGAGAAGAAGAAGAUCCUUCUCAACAUCGAACAUCGCAUCAUGCUUCGGAUGGCUCCAGACUAUGACCAUUUGACGCUGAUGCAGAAGGUGGAGGUGUUUGAGCAUGCUGUCAACAACACAGCUGGGGAUGACCUAGCCAAGCUGCUGUGGCUGAAAAGCCCCAGCUCCGAGGUAUGGUUUGACCGAAGAACCAAUUACACCCGCUCUUUAGCAGUCAUGUCAAUGGUCGGAUAUAUUUUAGGUCUGGGAGACCGGCACCCAUCCAACCUGAUGCUGGACCGUCUGAGUGGAAAGAUCCUACACAUUGACUUUGGGGACUGCUUUGAGGUUGCUAUGACCAGAGAAAAAUUUCCAGAGAAGAUUCCAUUUAGACUAACAAGGAUGCUGACCAAUGCCAUGGAGGUUACGGGUCUGGAUGGCAACUACAGAAUCACAUGCCACACGGUGAUGGAAGUGCUUCGGGAACACAAAGACAGCGUCAUGGCUGUGCUGGAAGCCUUUGUCUAUGACCCCUUGCUGAACUGGAGACUGAUGGACAAAAUUUUGGACAGUGUGGAACUUGGGGAACCAGCCCAUAAGAAAACAGGGACCACAGUGCCAGAGUCUAUUCAUUCUUUCAUUGGAGACGGUUUGGUGAAACCCGAAGCCCUUAAUAAGAAAGCUAUUCAGAUUAUUAAUAGGGUUCGAGACAAGCUCACGGGUCGAGACUUCUCUCAUGAUGACACCUUGGAUGUUCCAACACAAGUAGAGCUGCUCAUUAAACAAGCCACAUCCCAUGAAAACCUCUGCCAGUGCUACAUUGGCUGGUGUCCCUUCUGGUAGCAGGAGCCCCAGCAUGCCACAGCGUCUCCUCUGAGGCUUUCAUACUUCGGUCUGUGCUUCCACUAAACUGAAACUGUGGUCAGAAAGUUCAACCUAAUUCAACAUUUUGAAAUGUAAAUGAAAAGAACUACUGUAUACUCCAAGUUGGUUUGAACCAACUUUCUAGCUGCUGUUGAAGAAGAUAAGGUCAGAAACACAAGGCUUGAUUAUGUUCCCAGACAGUGAAACACAAUAAUACUACAUACAUCAAGCCAUUGAUUUGGGGGGAACAGAAGAUCCAUAACUUAGAAAUACGGGUUUUGACUUAACUCAAGAGAGCUCAUUGUAAGCACUUACUGACAGACCAGCCUGGUCAUCCCUGUCAGCGGGGCACAGCAGACUCAGCACAGUCCAUCCUGGACUGUAAAGAAGAGAAGCGGCCUUCAGUGCUCCGCCCACCCUCUUACCUCAGUGUCCCUGGACAGUAGCAGCAUUUGGAGGAUGGGCCAAAAUGGGUGACAACUGACUGAGAGAUGCUGCGACUCCCUUCAGUGCAGGAUCUCCCCACCAAAAGGGGCACAGGGGCUCAUAGCACAGUGGAGCCCACUCCGGUCCUGCGCUCAGCAAGAGCUGAGCACUAUGCCCGGAGCAGGGACUCUGAGCACAAGGUCCACCCUGGAGGAGCUGAACUCGGAGGGAGAUUUACUGGAACAGGUGGGGCCCGUGAGGAAGUAACUACAUGCACAAAGUAUAGGGGCAGCAUCGUGUAGACAUCACGUUGUAUCAGAAUUGUUUUUUGUGCCAAUAAAUGACAUCAGAAUUUUAAAAACAUG